CUCACUUUCCCUCCGCUCCUGCUUUGAAGCCUCUUCAUUGUUCACUCUGUUAGGGCACGUUCACACUGCGAGAGUCCGUCUGGCGGCCGCCGCUGAAAAUGCUUCGGCGCUAGGGCCGCGGGGAACUGAGCCGUCACCGUUGACGGCUAUGCAGUGCUCGCGGAAUCCGUGCAAAGAAUCCGCGCGGAACAGUUUCAGCGGCGGAAUUGUCCGCCGCUGAAAUUCCACAGUGUGAACGGGUCUUGCGGAAACCCGUUCACAAUAAUGUUAAGUUCACACAAGUUUAAAUUCCGCGGGAACUGUCCAGAGCAGGAUAGGUUUGCUGUGGGGAUUUCCUCCUACUCUGGACAGUUCCUCACAUGGACAGAGGUGUCAGCAGAGAGCACUGUGGUCAGACAGAAAGGAAAUUCAAAAAGAAAAGAACUUCCUGUGGAGCAUGCAACAGCUGCAGACAAGCGUCUAAGGGGGCAGGGCCGUCCCUAUGGCAACCGCCAAGAUGAGGGCGUGACCUGUCACAGGGGCGGAAGUGACGUCGUGAACGCGGAAGUUUUGGAGUGGCUGGUCAUGGAAGCUUACAAGAUCGUGUUUGAAAAGCAUGGCGUCUUCUUACAUACCAGUGCCAAGAGGCAGAAUGAUCAGGAUUCCAUGAUCCCUGGGGUUAUCCGACUCAUAGAGAAGACAUCGGAUGUGCUCCUUCAGUGGGUUCCCAUAGAAGAAGAAGGAGAUGUGGCUCAGAUUCACUAUUCUAAGAAGGAGUCUCCAAGCAGCGAGGCAUGCCGGGCAGAGGACGAUAUGUUUGACCCCGGCUAUGAACCAGACUGGGCAGUUAUCAGCACUGUAGGGACCAAAGUUCGUCCACAGGAAGAUUUGUCAGCCGUGAAACCAGGGAAUCGUGAAAAGUGGGCCUUCUCCAUCAGUCUGUCAGAACUCAAGUCUGUCCGCAAGAGCAAGCCGGGUCUGAGCUGGUCCUAUCUAAUCUUUAUUACCAAGGAGGGGGUGUCCUUCCAAGCUCUUCACUUUCAUCAAGGUGGAACUAAAGCUCUUCUGAAGGCUCUUCGGAAAUAUGUCAUCCUGGCCGUGUCUCCAAAAGAUUCUCGCCUCUUUUUGGUCUAUCCACAUGACUCUCAUGCCCUCUCCCACUCCUUCGAUGAACUCCAGAUGUUUGAUGACGGCUCUUCUGACGUGGUGUCUAGAUUUUUUCAAGAUCCGUAUUCUGCAACCUUUGGCGGGUUUUCCAAAGUAACCAAUUUUUUCCGUGGGGCUUUGAGGCCUCAGGAUGGACAUCACCAGAGACCCUUGUCAGAGAUGGCUGUAGGGCUGGAGGAUGAACCAGGUUUUGAAGUGAUCACCUGUCAAGUGGAGCUGGGCGAGCGUCCAGUCAUAGAGCGCCAGGCACCUGUCAGUGAGCAGGAAUGGGAAUCCUACAUUGAUUCUGAAGGUCAAGUGAUGAAUGUGGAUGCCUUGAAGAAGAGGAUAUUUUCUGGGGGCUUGUGUCCAGGGCUUCGAAAAGAUGCAUGGAAGUAUCUCCUCGGCUAUUAUCCAUGGGACAGUACAGCAGAAGACAGAAAAUCUUUAGUACGGAGAAAAACGGAUGAGUAUUUCCGUAUGAAGCUGCAGUGGAAAUCUGUGACCGAAGACCAGGAGAAGAGGAAUUCUCUGCUGAGAGGUUACCGCAGUUUGAUUGAAAGAGAUGUCAGCCGUACAGACCGGAACAACAAGUUCUAUGAGGGGAAUGACAACCCAGGACUCUGCCUUCUCAAUGAUGCCUUGAUGACAUACUGCAUGUAUAAUUUUGAUCUGGGGUAUGUUCAAGGAAUGAGCGACCUCCUCUCCCCCAUAUUGUAUGUCAUGCAGAAUGAGGUGGAUGCCUUCUGGUGCUUCACUGGGUUCAUGGAGAUGGUGCACCACAACUUUGAAGAGAGCCAAGAAAGUAUGAAGAGGCAGCUGUCCCAGCUCAACCUUUUGGUGCGAGUCCUGGAUCCUGCCCUCUGUGAUUUUCUGGAUUCAAAAGAAUCUGGAAACCUAAGUUGCUGCUUCAGGUGGCUGCUCAUUUGGUUCAAACGGGAAUUCUCCUUCCAAGAUACACUUCUCCUAUGGGAGGUGCUGUGGACGGGGCUGCCGUGUCCUAACUUCCAUCUUCUCGUCGCUUGCGGCAUACUCGAUUCAGAGCGGGAAGCGUUAAUGAACUCUGACUAUGGCUUCAAUGAGAUCCUUAAACACAUUAAUGAGCUGACCAUGAAGAUGAGCGUGGAGGACAUUCUGUGUCGGGCUGAAGCCCUGAAUCAGCAGCUGGCACACUGUCAGGAAUUACCUUUUAAUAUAAAAGAGCUGCUCGGCAUGGCAGAUGCGAAGAGUCCAGCACCCAGCACGGACACAGCCAGCCCACCACAGCCCCUCUCUCCGAGCCAGGUCCAUGAACUAGAUCUCACCGACAGUGUGUCCCCCAGUCAGCCAGACAGUAGUAUCGAAAUACUGCCCACAGAGGACACUACAACCUCACAGAGCCUGUCUCCUUGACUAGCCUCACCAUUCAUGCUUUCUAAUACUACAUCUGCUCUGUGUGCACUGGCGUUGUACUCAGACUCGACUUGUUACGUGGACGAUUCUACACAGUCAUCUGGUCAUGUCUACACAGUCAUCUGGUCAUGUCUACACAGUCUACACAGUCAUCUGGUCAUGUCUACACAGUCUACACAGUCAUCUGGUCAUGUCUACACAGUCUACACAGUCAUCUGGUCAUGUCUACACAGUCUACACAGUCAUCUGGUCAUGUACUCACUCACAACUGACAAUGACUAAAUUAUUAACCUCUGUUCAUAACUAAAGACUGACAUCAGAUAUCAUACAUCCUACGUUACCCGUUGAUAUGCCGCUAGCAUCACGGAAACCUCUGCCCCAUACGUCAUUUGGAAAUGGAGUAGUUAUUGUAUAUAAAAAGUUUGCUGCCUUUGUAUACUUGAAAAUUAUGUGAUAUAUUUUCAAUGUAGAUAGCAAUGGCUAAACUAGUAGACCUGAUGGGUUCAGGCCUGGGGAUGCGACUUAUAGCUGCUACCACUCAACCGUGUAUCUUUAUGCAUUUGGUAUAAUCGUGAUAUGUCUAGUGAAAUUUGUGGCGUGAACAGUUACCCUAAGAUUAAGAACUAUUCACAAGAUAGGGAAUAACUAGAUGAUCGGUGGGGGCCCAGCUACUAGGACCCCCACUGAUCACGAGAAUGGAGGUCAAUUGUCUCCUGAUUGAAAUGGUAUUGGCCAUGCCCGACCACUGCUCCAUUCACUGUCUAUGGGACUUCCAGACAUUGUUGAGUGUUAAACUCUGCUAUGAUGGGAAGACCCAUACAGGGAGAUUUUUUCAGUAAAACUAUGACAGCAUUUUUUAAAAAGUUGCACGUGUGACUUUUUGCACAGCUCCGCUCCCCGACACCCACUCACAUCUACAACCUGCCUGCAAGAUGUUGGGACUACAACUCCCAGCAUGUCCUCACUGUAAGGGCAUGCUGGGAGUUGUAAUCCUGUAAUAGCUAGUGGGUGGGUGGUAAAUGUGGGCAGGUGGUCGGGGAGCGAAGCUGUGCAAAAAGUCGCACAAAAAGUCGCAGGUCACCAGCCGCAGCGAUGUCCCACCCCGGCCGGUGAUAGGCUGAGCCCACUGUCAUGUGAGAAGUCGGCCAGAGCUCUGCGGCGUCCCCUUACCCAGGAAGUGGAAUGACGUCAGCACUUCCGGACCAUGAGGCCUGUGCCAGACCAACGGGGGCUCGUAGCAAGGUAUGUAUAAGUUUAUGUUUGAGGCACGGGCACGGGAAUAUAUAAAAGUGCUCCACUACAGUUGUCCUUUAAGGUGGUUGUGCAAGAUAUGAAAAAAAGGGUUGUGUUUCCUGGAAAGCAUACCAAUAUGAAUCGUAGUCUAUGAGAAGUAUUGCAAUACUGCAUUUAGGCCUAGACAUCAGUGGUGCUGCUUCUGAGAGGACCCUUUUCUCUCUUAUCUUGCAAAACCCCAUUUAUGGGUAGGUUCCCCCAUAACUAAUCUGCUUGCUUUGAUACCAGUGGGUUUGCAAUAGUGGCAGAUUUGCAGAUUUUCCGCUGACCCAUUGAAGUCAAUGGUAUCAAAAUCCACUGCAGAAUUUUUUUGUUGUUGUUGUUACGUGUGAACUUAUCCUUAAAACUGGUGCCAGAAAGUUAAACAGAUUUGUAAAUUACUUGUAUUAAAAAAAUCUUAA